AUAUGCUUGUACUCAUGAAGUAUUUCCUAAGCACCUCUCCUAUUCUCAGUCCCUCUCUCUUUCACUAACUAAAUUCAAGUAAUUAGACUCUGAAAAACCAAUGCCUACUUCCUCUCUUCUCUUUCCCUUGUUAUAUAUAUUAGCCUCAAUCUCAAUUACAAAUGGGGCUCAACUCAUUCUAGUAAACAACUGCAAUGAAAGCAUAUGGCCUGGUAUACUUGGAGGUGCAGGCCUAGCCACCCCCCAAAGCGGCGGUUUCCAUCUUGGAAGUGGUGAGGAAGUGGUUCUUGAUGUGCCUGAAAAAUGGUCAGGAAGGAUAUGGGGAAGGCAGGGUUGCUCCUUUGACAGUAAUGGAAAGGGUAACUGUGAAACCGGUGACUGUUUUGGCCAAUUGCAUUGCCAAGGAAAAGGCGGUAUUCCCCCAGCAACUGUGGUGGAAAUGACACUUGGAUCAUCAAAUUCACCCCUCCAUUUCUAUGACGUGAGCUUGGUCGAUGGCUUCAAUUUGCCAGUGUCCAUGAAACCUGUUGGGGGUGGAAUAGGUUGUGGUGUUGCUUCGUGUGAAGUUGACUUGAACAUUUGCUGCCCAUCAGCUUUGGAAGUGAGGAGAGGAGGCAAGGUCGUGGGGUGUAAAAGUGCCUGCUUGGCUAUGCAAUCUGCCAAGUAUUGCUGCACUGGAAACUAUGCAAACCCAAACACUUGCAAGCCAACUCUUUUUGCUCAUCUGUUUAAGGCUAUAUGCCCCAAGGCUUAUAGCUAUGCUUUUGAUGACUCUUCAAGCCUUAACAGAUGCAGGGCUUCGCGGUAUGUCAUCACUUUCUGCCCUCCCCAAUGAAAAUUACAAAAAGGGAUUGUAGCUAGUCCUGAUCAACAUUUCAACUAUGCUUAUUUUGUUUUCAAUUAGAAGCAAAUGGAACAAGUAUAUAUUAAAGAUAUUAUAUGGAAGUAAACAUUAGUUCCUUGUAGGCUGGUGGGACUUGGGUGAUCUGUUAUGUACUACUACAAGCUUAAUGCAAUUUGUUUUGGGAUAGUGUC